AUGUCAUCAGCUUCAACCGCAAAAGUAUCUUAUGCCGACGAAAUCGUGCGAGGAGGAUAUGGAAAGAUAUUCGAAGGUCAUACAGUCUUCCUUACAGGAGGUACUGGGUGCUUAGGAGGCUGUCUCCUGUACAAGCUUGCUCUGCAACUACCAACUCGAAAGGUUUUUGUCUUAGUUCGAGGGAACUCCCAGCGGGCUAUUGGAAAAUUGAGAAAAUCAAUGCCGAAUCAUACAGAGGCGAUUUUAGCAACAAAGAAAAUCGAAUUUGUGAUUGGCGAUAUCAAAUCAGUGAACUUCGGUAUUGAGACUCCUGUCCUUAGACAGCUUCAAGAUCAAGUAACGCUGGUCAUUCACGCGGCAGCCAAGAUCAAGCUGGAAGGGCCCAUUCGCGAUGCAUUGGAAAGCAACUGCCUCCCAGCGCUGGAGAUGGCACGGAUUGCCUCUGAAUUCCGCCGACUGAAACUCUUCGUCCAGAUCUCUACAUCAUACGUCAACAGUCACCUUCCCGAUGGCCCAGUCCUGGAACGUAUAUACCAAUUGGGAGGCGAAGAAGAUCCAGAAGCUGAGCUCGCAUCCAUGUUGACGCUGGAUACAUCGCCACACGCAGGCAAAUUCUCCUCCACCUACACCCAAGCCAAACAUCUCAUGGAACGGCUACUACUCAGCCGCUUCCCUCUCCUUCCAAUUCUACUGCUACGACCAACAAUCUUCGGUCCUGCAUUUAGACACCCCUACCCGCUAUAUGGAUCGGAGGACUCCACACCUCUGACCAAGUUUACUAGACUCUGGUUCUCCGAUCGGGGUACCACACAAGUUUGGCAUGCCACCGAAGGCUACGAAUCAGGUACCAAUAUCUUGGAUGAGAUCCCCGUGGACCUCGUAGCGAACGCUUGUUUAUUGCAUGCAGCAGCAAGGACAACGGGUAUUGUCCAGAUUGGUUCCCAGCUCUAUCACCCGGUUACUUUUGAUGAGCUCUUCCGAUUGGGCCUUGAUAAUGCUACACCUGCUGUCCAGCGGGAGUUCCCGAAGAUUAUAUUCACGCAAGACCGCAGUACACCGCAGUGUUUUCUUGCUGAGUUGAUUCAAGUAGGAACUCGAAACUGGUUGUUCGAUUGUGGACGGUCUUACUGGCUCAAGCAGGUGGGUGGCCCUUUGAGCAUGCAGGUGUGUAAGCAUGAGGUAGAUGCUCUAAAUCGCAUACGGGCUCGCGAUGUCCUGGGGACUGGGAAGGAGAAGGCUCGGAUUUGA